CUUAGGUUGCGAUAGGACACCGAAUGUGCACGUGAAUAAGGAUUAUGGUGGUUCGAGCUGGCUGGUGAGCUCACGUGAGCCUCAGUACGAAGACGAGGCGACGACUAGUGAAACUGGUCACAGACAGACGUCAGACAGGAAACUAGAAGUGUCUAGGGCCAAAGGGCUUGCACGCCGCAGGGAACGGUUGUGAGGGUCCUCCGGGAGGAGUGCAACUCCCGAAAAUGGCCGCGGGCGAGUCCGCCCUCAAAGAUCUCAUCCAUCCCUCGUACAACGAACACCUCAAGUCACAUAAUGCCGUCACGUUCAAACUCGUUAAAACUGUAUCCGAUUUCACGCAGCAGCUGGGCCAGAUGUACGAACAGCACGCCGAGGAAAUGCAAAUGUUGGUGUCGAAUUUUAGAAAACGGAACAACGAGUUGCGGAAAGAGAGACCCGCAUGCCCCAGCUCAUUAUUUCAUACCUGGGAGGCCCUGCUGCAGGAGGUGGAGAUCGAUUCGCAGGCAAUGGGUGACAUAGCAUCCAUUCUAGUCCGUCAGGUAUCCAGGCCGAUGCUCGACAGAUCGUUUUAUAGGAAAAUCCAGUCGAGGAAAGUGUUCACGCACAGGGAGAGCUACGAGACUAUAAUUGCCAAGACCGAAGAAAAGUUAGCUAAGACUAGACAAGAGUACAAAAGUGCUUACUUGGCGUACUUGUCAAACCCCACUACGGAAAGCUUAAGCGCUUACUUCAAUGGUCACAACGCCUACGUCCAACAACUCCACGCAACCAACGGUAUGAUGGAGGAGUUUGGAAAAGAAACAUUGCCGUCGUUAUUACAGGAAUUAGAAGAAAUAUAUUCAGAUCUUUGUUCGACAGUUACGGACGCUAUUAUACAGGGUGCUGAAAUAAUUUCAACUAGAGCUUUAGAACAAACCAAACGCUACGACACUCUGGCCAAUCAGUGUCGUUCCGUCGUAGGACAUUCGGACCUAAUUCACUUGGCGCGGUCCCUUCCGGUACCCCAGGGUCGGGGGCUCAUCAUCAAACGGAUAUUUGUGCCCCCUCAACCACCCCCACCACCCGAAGGACUAGAGGGUGACAUUGCCAAUGGACAUAUCAACAACGACAACAUCCCUCCACCGCUCAAGGACGAGCUGGUCAUCGACCAGCUGUCCGCCGUCCAGAUCAAGCCGUCUCACGACGCUCUCAGGAAGGAAUCGGACGACCUCAAAGGACAGAUCAGGCAGAUCCAGGACGCGCUGGACACGCUGCUCAGGAUCCAGCAGCGGUCGGUGGACGCGUCGCUGUACAACAAGGCCAACGAGCUGCAGGAGGAUAUUUCGAUGAAGAGGUUCGACUUGAAGGUGGCGCAGAUACAUCUGAGGGCCAUCAAUUCACAGAAAGAACUGUUUACUCACAAACUAGAAAAUGAAACCGGUAGUGGACGCGAACGAAAAAUGUCGGCUUCAUCGACGGCCAGCAUGAAAAACAAGUGGCUCAAGGCUUUCAAAAGCCUAAAAACGCCGCCACCGGAAGAGACAAAACCAAAAAACCAAAUGUACGCCGCAGUAUCAACAAUAAUGUCGAUGAGGAAAAAUGGAUCGGCUGCAACACGGGAAUUGUUGAAAGGUGAUCCAGAUGCCCACAACUUCCAGGAGAACACCUAUAAGAAAAUAACACCCUGUGAUGUAUGCUCGCAGGUUUUAAGAGGGCAUACGCGGCAAGGCCUAAAAUGCCGGAUAUGCAAGAUGAACGUUCACCUGGACUGUCAAAAGGACGCCCAAAAAUGUCAGACGAAGGCCAAGUUGUUGCGUAGGCAAAAGUCUACGUCGGAAAUUGAGACUAGAGUACCGGAUAUCAAUGCUGAUGACGAGAAUUUGCCUGACGGCUAUAUGCCGACCAUCAAUAGACGGAUAUCGGUUAAGCCAAAUGGUAGACAAAGUCACCGGUCAAGUGAGGCUGUUAAUUUAGACCCUCGGCGCAGCAAGCACCAGGUCGGCGGCGCGCAGCAACCGGCCACGCCCUCCUCCAUGGCCACGGCUGCGCCCCAAGACGCCACGUCGAUGCGCAGACGCAUCUUCGCCGGCAUGAAGAGCCUGACCGGGUUCGGAUCGAGGUCGAGGCACGGCAGCCCAGGCCACCGGUCCAUCUCCCUGCCGGAAACUCCCCACUCACCGAGACGUCAAAAACUCAACCUCAGGAUGAAGAGUCUGUCCCUGGACUCACCGGAGAGUACAGAGCACGUGCAGAGGAGGCAGAGGCACGGCGCCAACGCCGCCAGCGAUCCUCACUCCAAUCACAGCUCGUCUUCGAAGAUUCAGUUCGCAUCUUCUACCGUCCCACCAAGAUCACUUCCCAAUCAUCCGAUCAGAAAAGAUCUGAAAACGCAGUCAACGCCGUCAAGUCCAGUUCACAACAGACGUCUGCUAUCAGCUAAAAACAUCAGAAUGUCUUCGGUGGAACUACCAGAUGAAAACGACAAAAGUCCCUCUUCGGCCAGUACUUCUCCUUGUCCAAGUCCAGUAGGAAAGAAGUCCCAUCGACUGUUACCGACCAAUCUCUACGUAGUACUGUACAAUUUCAAGGCCAGACACCAAGACGAACUUGACCUUAAAGCAGGGUACAAAGUGACAGUUAUUGACACGUCCGAUCCUGAUUGGUGGAAAGGGAAAUGUUUUGGGAAAAUGGGAUUCUUCCCAUCCAAGUACGUGUCUAAGCUGUCGUCUGGAGAAAAACCUUUGCAGGUGACGCAUAAUUUGCAAGUGUCUGAUGGGGACAAUGGCUUGAUGUUGCUCAGAGAUCAGAUCGUGAUUCAGAUCGGCGAAGAGAUCGACGGAAUGGUGAUGAUCAGAUCAGGAGAUAACCGACAGGGAGUUUGUCCAGUUAAAUUCUUGCAGGAAGUGUGACAACGUACGGAAAUAGCCUGCCAAGCCAGCACCCCGUGCAACUGUUCGACCCGACCGCAGCUACUCCAACCUCCCAAGCCUCACCCCACGCCGCCCCCUCCACCUUUAGCCAAACCCCC